GAAGCUGCCUAUUCUGAAAAUGUUGACAAAAGGAAGAAAUGCAACUACACCGAAGAAGAUCAUGCUACGCCGGCUGUGAUGUUCUGUCACGAAUGUAAUGUACGCCUCUGUUCCGACUGUCAUAACAUGCAUGACAAACUGAAACCGAAUCGAACUCAUAGGGCGAGUGACAUCAACCAGACAGAGAAUAUCUCCAUGAAGCUGUGGCUGAGGGAACGUAAUUGCAGUGACCACCCUGACAACAAACUGCAGCUGUAUGACCACACGUGUAAGAAAGCUGUCUGUCUUAUAUGUGUGCAUGGGGCCCACAAGGAUCACCAGAAUGAAGACUUGAAUCAGGCCUAUGACGUAGCAAAGGGUCAGCUGGAGGAGCAAGUACAGAAGCAGCAGCAUAAACUGAAAGAUGUCACUGACAGGAUGGGAAGUGUCACCAGUCACCAAAAUGAACUGGCAGAGACGCAGAGAAAGCUGAAAGAGGACAUCACGGCAGUUUGCAAAGUGUUGCUGCAAAGUUCCUUCAUCGACAGAAACAACUCAUGGAAGAACUUCAGAUGAGUCUCCAAGCCCCAAACGAAAUGGUUGAAGAGAAACUUGACACUUUGCAUGACGUCCAUACUUCAAUAGUAUCCGCGAUAGACUACACCCAGAGAACACUUGAAUCUACAAGACGAGAGGAGCUCAUUACUCUCACAGAUGUACUGCAGACGAAAUGUGAUGAAAAUAUGAAGAGGAGCUUUCAGAAGAUGACACACAAGACACAAGAAUCCUUCUUACCUUUCAAGGCCAGAGAGCCCUGGAGGAACUUAUCGACACAUUUGGUGGUCUCGCCUCCAGUCUCAACAUGGAUCAUAUUCCAGAUUAUCAGCCUACUUCACAAGAUCUGCUGACGACGAUAAGGAGAGAACGAGAAACCAUCAUGAUGCAUGAAGGGCGGUGGCAACAACUCCGACAGAUGAUACAUCGCAUCCCAGAACUCAAAAGGAUCAGACAGCAGAAUGGCGAGAUCACAGGAACCUGAACAGCUAACAUCACAAGAAGUGCAUGGCAUUGUCACAAAUCUCAUAACCGGAGCAUUCAUCCCCGGCGCGACAAUUCCACGUGGUAUUACGUUGCAAGGCUAUGCCACAUCGCACGUCAUAAGACAGGACCGCAGUGUUAAUUUCAUCAUCUGUCCUAAACUCCAACUGGACGCUGGUCGAGUCAACACACGCUGCUGCCAUGUUACUACAGACAGGGGGAGCUGGCCAACUCGCCGCCCGCCACACAACACAGGGGCCAGUGGCAGACUACAGAGAUUGUUCGCCACACAACACACGGACAGUGGCAGACUACAGGAAUUGUACGGCACGUGUAGCUCCACCCCCAUCCCCCUUCCUCCAUCCCCCUCUAGUGUCACCCUUGUCCCCCACACAACACGAUACUGGGAGACUCACACCAGGGUGGGUGUGGUGGGUAGAGUGUGGGGGUGUCCUGUCCUGGAGGUAGGUGUGGGGGAGGAGAGCCAGGUGGACAGUGGGGUGUAUGUUUGUUACCAGCGCCGCUCCUGGUGUGUCCGUGUAGGGGGCUGUGACACACACCGGCGGAGUAUCUGUACCAGGGUGUAUCUGGCGGGGGAGCGGGGGAAGUGUUACAGAAACACAAUGUCUAACACACCCGGCACACACGCCACCCUCCACUAUGGCGUUGUGUUGGAUGUCGGGAGGGGUAGAAUAGGAUUUAUUGACGUAGACAGGUCGGCUGUUUUAGGGAAAGUUGAUGUGGAGUUCAAGGAGAAUCUUCUCCCUGUGUUUGCUGUCUGUCCGUUCAGUCGCUACACAAGUAAACAUGAAGGUGGUCAGUGGGGAGGAGAUCCUCAUGUCUGACAUCAAGAAAUCACUCAUUAAUGAAGUCCUGGCCUAAGAAAUAAACUCCACAUGACCCAGUGUAAACUUGUAAAUAUCACACAUCAACUUUAUCAGACAAAUUCAAUACAACAGAACUGAAAGAAGCGGACAUAGAAGUUACCUGUUCAUGUGUUGUAUGUUGUGUACAACAAUGUGACAAGGUUAGCUAAAUAUGUCGGUUUUCUACAUGACAGUUUUUCAUUUGUGUACUAGCAGCAUUUUACAUCCACACAAGAGUAUUGUUAUGAUUAUUAUUACGUAAUAACUGAUUAGUUUAUGAAACAUUUCAUACAUUUCUGGGACAUGUCACAACUAACAACUGAGUUGAUGGUUGAGUAAAAAGUUGUUUCAAAUCAUGAAUAUCUGGACAUAUUUUGUUUCUCUUCUGUGAAAUAAAUAAUUUAAAUACCCAUAUGUGGAGGCUAGGAGAUUGAAAUAUAAUAUUUGUAGCUGUGAGAUAGACAUGUUGAUGUCAGUUCAGUUAGACAAUGAAAGUGAUUGAAGCGGACAUAUAAUGUCCCAGUUUAAAUGCGCCAUGGUACUUGUGUCGGGAGGAAAUGUAGUUACAGAAACUGUCUGUGUCUUUAUUCUAAUCAGUCCUGUUGUGUUUGUAAAUAAUUUAAAUUCCCCACAGAGGGUUUACUUUGUGGUAUUUCUUAGUCCAUGUAUCUACACAAAUAAUGUCUAAUGUACAAUCCUUCCAUGUCACAGAGCUCAUUACAACAUGGCCCCGAUGUACAUUUACAUGUGUGUAUAAAAUUGAAAAUUGAAAGUUGUGUGUGAGUUACUGUCGUGAAACACUGGGUCUACCUCUGACAAUGGGGUGUGUAGAGAUGGAUGUGCCACUCUUAGAGUUCCACGCUAAUUUUAAUACCAGGCUUUAUUUUUUGGUCAAUAUGACCUGAGUUGAUAUACAAUACCUAAAGUCCAACCCCGUUGUGUGUCACAGAUCUGUCCACUCCUCCAGUAAAUUACAAGGCUUAACCAGGGGAUAAAUUAUCACCAGAAUCCCGCUUUAGAGAACUGUUUGUAUUCAACUACUUUGCGGUGCCAUGUGGACUGGUUGACUUAUCUGAUAAAUGCAUGCAUUGACUUUCUAUAUUUCUAUAUUGUAUGUAUAUGAUAACAUGUCUGAUGUUCAUUGUGUAAGAUAUGCUAGGUAUUAGCUGAUGUUAUUUAAUAUGCAUUGGAAUAACAUUGGUAUCAAUCCUGACAGGUUUUGCUGUUUACCGUGCACAGGGAAAUGGUCCACCUGGACAAUUCUGUUGUAAAUUUGCUUUAUCGAUUAGGUUUUGGUGUUGCCUGAAUUAUGGGAACUAGGUGAUUCAAAUAUAUUCUAUCUAAGUCCGCCGAGAAGCUAGAAAAUACUGUUCUUUCUAGGAGAGUAGUGAUCUCUAGAUUCUUUUGAGUUUAUAAAUAUCACAACAUCUAGGCGGACCUGUGACAAAUAUGUUCUACUUUUGCUUUAUCGAUUUAGUUUUUGGUGUUGCUGCCUUUAGUUUUAUGUCAGCUGUAGCUGACCCGGAAGUAAAACAGUUGAGAGGUUCAGUAACAGUUUUUCUGGGACUACAUAGGAUCUAUAUAUGUAACUUGAUUGUCACUUAUAUAUCUAAACAAAAUCUAAAUUUACCUGUGGAAAAAUAUGUUCUAUUUAACAUAGAUUUUCAAUAUAGAGGCCUGUUAACAACGUUUAGGGGUGGCAGUAAUAAUCGAGGUAUAUAGUUAGUUCCAAGCAGUUUUACCACUUACACUCAUGAAGUUAUUCUAUGCAAUCACAAUGAUGCUCUUGAAGAUGAAGUGCAUGUCGUGUAUCAUGAAAUGAGGAUGAAUUAUUAAUGACACUUUAAACAUGGUCAUUAAUGUUCACUUAAGACGUUUCCGCAUAUCUCCAGAUGUUCAUGUAGUAAUUGUAAACUGUUCUGUAACGGGUAUUUUCCUACUGUAUGUUACUGUAACUGCCACUUCCAUUCCCUACGCAAGCUGCAAACAAACAGACUUUGUACCAUGGGUCUUGAGACCUUUAUACAAAAUAAAACACCGCCUGUCUGUC